UGCGGCUCCUCUGAGGAGGCUGAAGCUGCAGGACUGCUGACAGUAUCGAGGCUGUGGAGCAACCUGCUGUCUCUGGUCAUGGCUGCACAGCUGCUGCUCGCUCUGCUGGCUCUCACCACCCUCGGUGCUGCAUCAGAACUGGAUUGUAGCGAGCUCGUGAAACCUCUGGUCCUGGACAGCCGUAGCCCCAUCUACGGGAAAUGGGUGUUCCACGUGGGCUCGUGGGAUGAGCCAGGCCUGAAAACUGACCUGGUGUCUGUCAACAGCUCCUGGGUGGAACUAUCAGCAACCUCAGACAGCGGAGUCAUAACCAUGUACUGGGCAGACCGCCUAAAUGAUGAUAAAUGCCUUCAGGGUACAGCCAACGUAACCAUCUCCGGAAUUACCACUCACACCACUUUAAAUAUUCAUGGUCACACAUCAUACCAUGAUGGGAAACACUAUGAGACUUGUACAGACUGCCUCCUGUCUGAGGACACCACCCUCCUUCCUGAUGGAAAAUCAAAAGGACGCUACCUGUUCCUCUUUACACGAACCGGAAAGCUGGAGCCAUCGGAAUUAGAGACCUUCAAGAAGCAGGCAGAGUGUCUCAAAUUCCUCCCUGAGUACCACUUUGGAGGCACAGAUCUUUGUGCUGAUAACAGGGACACUACUGCAGCAACCGAAAACACAGGCGAUGCUCAAAAUACAACUGUGUCUAUUGCCAAGUAAAGCAGAACUCACCAGUUAGCAGCUUCAGUAACCACCAACAACCCCAUAUUAAUGUGUGUGUUGCAC